GCAGGGAAUGGGCGAGACACGGAUGGAUUAGUGGCGGACAAUAGGCGCGCUCUCCUCCUUUUCCAGAGCAUUGUUCGGAGACGCGCGGCCGAUUCUCGUUCCUCAUUGGCUGACGCGUUCCGUAGCUUUCGAUGCAAUCGUGACGGCACGACGGCAACUGCACUGGUUUUUUAUUUGUGACUGCACGGCUUCCGACUCAAGGUAGCAUACAGUCGGUUAGCCCGGUUUUCUGCGCUUCAUUCGCAAGUUUACUUGCUUACAACUGAGCGACAUGUUACCGCGUGCAGCACGUUUCUCUGGAUGUCAAGUGUUCCGCUUCACAGCGUACGUGCCGCUGCGCUCAUCCCCUCAUCGAGACGGCCUGGAUUUCUCGCUGCCUCUUGGUCGCCGUACUCGUCCUAAACCUUCGUUCGAGUCACAGUGGUUCGAAUCGUGAGGUGGCAGCAAGUAGUUCACUACGGCGGAUGUCGUGUUCACCGCGUGUUUUAAACGUUACUAAGUCCAGCGCACCACGUAACGUAAGAAAAACAGAAGUACGGCGCGCUGCGUGAGCGCGCUGCCAUCUCCGUUACUUCGAUCACGCCUCUGCGGCUGCAGUUUCUUCAUGUGCCGCACCACCAUUCCUCACGGGAGUGCGCGCAUUUGUGCGCUUGCUCUUGCUCGUCAAGGUAGUCUGCUGAUGAGGAGCAGCGAUGCGAUCGUAAUAUUAAAAGAACCUCGUUUUAUUGGAAUCUAGUCAAACGAAUACGACGGUGACGGGUACACAGACAGAACUGUCCUUAGUCUCGGUCUACUAUAUCGCUCGUUUUCUAUAGCUUCGACGUAAAGGAUCAACCAGCUCAAACCAAGAUCGCUUAAACGUGCCCAUUUACUAUACGCACACGAUGCCGCGCGUGCCCUCCUCCCCAGAGAGAGAGAGAAACGUGCAUCACGCGCAUAUGCAAGCUUGAGACAAACUUUGCAAAGUUUACACAAAGUGGCUGUGAUGUUGUGGAGUGCGUUAUUUGGCUCAUCCUUAUGCUUGUGCAGGUCUGAUGCAGCUGCAGCAUUUUGGCCACAUAGGAAAUCAUGACAGGAAAGUCCUUUGCACACAGGAAAAGGGGCAGCCUGUGUCAACAUGCAGUCACCGGUGACCCUGCAGCAGGGCACUGUAAAACACAUCAGUGCCCAUAUGCCUUCUUUUGAGUAUUUAGGCCCAGGGUUCAUACAAAUCGUUAAGGAGGAGCCGCCAGCUGUUCCAACUGCACCAGCUGUUCCAGCUGCUCCAGCUGCUGUUGAAGAUGAAUUUGAAGCGGCUACCGGGAGCGACAGUUCGCAGACGGCAAGCAGCCGCCGAGACCUUGAAUGUGUUGGGGAAAGUGCCCGUCGUUACGAAUGCGAGAUGUGCCACGAGGUCUUCAACACCGAUCAACGCCUGCUCCAACACUCCGUAGCGCAUGGACGCGAGUGGAAGUUCUGGUGCAGUCACUGCGGGGCCAGCUUUCCACGAAGCGAAGAUCUGUUGGAGCACGGGAGCACCCACGUCGACAAGCAGCAGCACCGCUGCUUGAUCUGCUACAAGUCCUUCAACCAUGCGGCCCUGCUUCGAAAACACGUCUGGUUUCACACCGAGCAGCCUACAUUCUACUGCCACCUGUGUCCCAUGGUGUUUCCCACGCGGCAGCAGCUGUCGAGGCACCUGCGCAACCACGAUCGGCGUGCCCCCUUUGCGUGCGACCAAUGCGAUGCCGCUUUCGUCUUCGAGGUGGAGCUGACGAGGCACAAGAAGGGGCACGAGGAAGUUCGGCGUCACAAGUGCCCGGAAUGCAACAAGGCCUUCCUCCAGAAGUGCCACCUGGCUCAGCACCGAAAGAUACACACGGGGGAACGGCCGUUCAGCUGUAACAUCUGCACAAAGAAGUUUGUGCGCCGGACCCACUUGGCUGUACACAUGCGGAAGCACGGAGAUAAAACUAACAUCCAGCCAUCAGACUCCUAGGCUUCUGCAGCACACAUCUUUGGUCAAGAUUUAUAUGUUCACUUCAGCAGUUAUAGUGCCUACCGGAUGUGGUCUGUGUAAACAUCUCACGGAAGUAAAGGCAUUGGUUACAUAUUU